AUGUUGCCCAAAUCAGGGUGCAAGUUGUGGCGUUGGAUGUGGUACAUGGCCUUGCUGCUUUUCGUCUUCCUGAUCGCUUUGCUCUACUACAGUCCGUCCUUUCGAUGUCUGACCCGAGAACUUAAAGCAUCCAUAAGAAACUCUGCACGCCAUCCUGUCUUGGUGCUCAUCUGGUUCUGGCCCUUUAACCGAACCUUCGAUCUUGACCUCUGCAGCUCCCAGUUCAACAUUAACAACUGUGUCCUAACAGCCGACCGGGAUGCCAUCUACGAAGCUGACGCCGUCCUGAUCCACCACCGCAACAUUGCUUUGGACGCAUCAAAUCUCCCACAGGAUCCUCGUCCGCCCCACCAGAAGUGGAUCUGGAUGAACUUUGAGUCCCCGUCGAACGCUCCCCAGAUCCCUGGCCUCGACGACCUGUUCAACAUCUCGCUGAGUUACCGCAAAGACGCCGACAUCAGCAUGCCUUACGGUUCUCUGGUUCUGCACGACCACCCGUAUAAGAACUUUACUGACUUUGUACCUGCACAAAAGGACAAGCUGGUCUGCUGGAUCGUUAGUAACUACAAUCCAGAACACAGGAGGUUGCAGUAUUACACGCAGCUCAAUAAGUACAUCCCGAUUCACGUCUACGGCAACAUGUUUGAGAAUCAGGUUUCUGAAGAGGAGUAUGAAAAAAUCAUCUCAAGCUGUAAGUUCUACCUGUCUUUCGAGAACUCCGUGCACAAGGACUACAUCACGGAGAAACUGUUCAAUGCACUGGAUCUGGGGGCGGUCCCCAUAGCCUUCGGCCCGUCCAGACAGAACUAUGAGUGCUUCGUCCCUGGAGACGCCUUCAUCCAUGUAAAUGACUUCCCAACAAUUAUGGCUCUGGCCAAGCACAUCUUACAUUUGCACCAAAACGAUGCCAUGUAUCUCAGGUACUUCAGGUGGAGGAGACGUUUCCGAGUAAAGAAGACUGUCUUCCCGGUGGAAAACACGUGCCAGGCUUGUGAGUACAUCCGACAGAACAGGCAGUACCAGGUGCUCACAAAUCUCUGUCAGUGGUUCUGGUAUACGAGCGAUGGACUCAAGUAA